UGGGAUUACAAAAACGGAUUUCAGACUUCUUUAUGAAUCAACGUAAGAGCUAAAGCAUGCGGGGAAUCGGAAUCAACUUCCUGCAGAACUUGGAGUAAAAACAGUGACACCCCAGCGCUUUACCCGAGAGAGAGCCAGGAACUAAGGUUUGUCAAGCUAAUAUAGCCCAGGAGGCUGCAGCUAGCUCCAACAGGACGAGUGCUGCCGGGGGAGUGGAGGGAGAAGCUAGCGGCUAAAGUACCGCCGGGCCAAGGACAGGUGCGGGAGGACAGCGCGAACUGUUGAUCCAACCAUGCCAGCCUCAGGACCAUGCCUUUCCUGGUAGGCGUUUUGGAGAUGUGAACAUUAACCCGGACUUUUCAGCCUAGAUGGUUUGAAAAAUGGAGGCGGCUACUUCACACUGCAGAGACGGACUGUGUUUUUUUGUUUUGCAUGCAUCAAGGCUGUAGAGAAAAAGCUGGUAUCUUUAGAGCAGUACGGGCGGGUGGACAUGUUUUUUUGUGGAGAGGGGAGCAGAGACUAACACAACUUGCACUCAUGAAUAUGCAUGGAGAUACUGUUGAACAAUUGGAUAUACAUGAUGAGGAGUUUCCUUUGGACUGACAGCAUGAGAGAAGAUCAAGUUCUCCAAAGACAGAGAGACUGAGACAUCACCAUGCUGCUGCUCCUCUUCUUGUUCAGCCUGGCUCUGGGUGCUGCACCUCUUUCAGAAGAACCUGACUUCAAGCUCCAGCGUGGAGGCUGUCGCCCGUUCUGGUACAGCUUCAACGGCCGCUGCUACAAGUACGUCUCCACUCCUGUGACCUGGGCUACUGCAGAGCUCCACUGUGUGUCACAGAGAGCCAACCUGGUGUCCAUCCACAGUCUGGCGGAGCAGCACUUUGUCAAAAGCCUCAUCAGGAACUUUGACCCUUCUGAGAGACCGACCUGGAUUGGACUCAGUGACAUCCACAGAGAAGGACGCUGGAUGUGGUCCGAUGGGUUAGAAGUAAACUUUAUGUCAUGGUUACCAGGUCAGCCAGACAAUGACAGAAGAAAGGAACAUUGUGCACACAUGAACUGGGGCAGUCUUAAGAGAUGGAAUGACAUGUCGUGCAGCAAAAGUUAUUCUUUUGUUUGUGCAACCCGCAUUUGUUAUUAGAGAAGAUGUUGAAUCUACUCUAAACAGGGAUUGUUUAAUUGCACGGAUUCAUCCGUCCCUCUGUAUGUUCACAGGCAAAGCAAACAACAUGUAUCCUCCCAGAUCUCUGCUGCUUGAAUGGUGGAUCAAAGAAAAUAUGUUAGAAUUACUAAAAUGUAAGAGUUUUGUAAUCUUUAGUUGGCUGAACUGAAUUAAUUGUGAUGAACUCAAUAGUGAAAAGAAAAGUGUCUCAUGUUUGUGUACUGUUCUCAUAUGAAAAAUCAUUUGAUACUAAUGUUUAUUUAAUUUGGUAGACACAUGUGGAAAAU